AUGGUCAAGCAGUGGACUGAAUGUGAUGUUAGUAGUUCUGGAAAGAGUCGAGCUCAGCAACAAACUUCACUAAGAAAAAAGAUAUUUGAUCACAAAGUUAAUGCUGCUCAUGAAGCUGCUGUUAAGAUUUUUGCAGACCUUGUGGAACUGGAAAAUGUGACGUCUCGUGGAAUUUUUAAUGCUGUUAUGAAAUGCCCUGAAGGGCACAAAAUAGAUGAAAACGUUUUAAAAAGUAGACUUGUUGCUUUGGCAUGUGAUAAAGCAGCAGUGAUGCUUGAAGGGAAGUCUGGGGUUGGUGUACUGUUGAAAGAGAAGUUUCCAUCUAUUGCUAUUUGGCAUUGCUGUAAUCAUAGACUUGAGUUGUGUGUGAGUGACGUGGUAAAGAAAAUGGCAAGUAUAAACCGGAUCAAGGGGUAUAUAGACAAACUAUACGUACUGUAUCACGCCUCACCCAAGAACAGUCGGGAGCUGCACGUAUGUGCUGAUGAGCUUGGUGUACAACUGUUAAAAAUCGGUAGAGUGUUAAACACGCGGUGGGUCGCAUCAAGUUUUCGCAUAGUUUCGGCCGUUUGGGAAAAUUAUGAGGUCUUAGCCAACCAUUUUGCAGCAGCCAAAGUAGACCAGACGCGUGAUCCUUUGGAAAGAUCCAAAUACGAAGGCCUACACAGAAAGUUGACAUCAACGUGUUUCAUUUUGGAUUAUGGACUGAUGUGCGACACACUGCAAGAACUAUCUGAUGUUAGUGAGGAGUUACAACAUCGAGACCUUGACCUAUUUCGAGCUAACAAGAAACUUCAGAUUUUGAUGAACACGUUUGUUUCUCGAAAAGGCAGUCCUGGAAUGUUUUAUGUGCAAGCUGAGACAGUUGUAAACAACAGUAGUUUUAUGGGAAUCGAACUGUAUGUGAAAUCUAAAGAAGACCCCAUCAAUGCUGUUGUGUUUUAUGACCACCUUGCUCAAUCAAUCGAAAAGAGAAAAGAGGAUGGUCAGUGGAGGCGAUGCAGUGUUGGCCAAUUGUGCCCGCAUAGUUGA